AUGUUUGUCGCUAAUGGACUGCUCUGUCACUGGGACUCGAUAGCUGGUGUAAAGGUCAGGCAACUAGUUCUUCCCAGGGAGAGACGCGAAGAGGUGCUACAGCUGGCCCACGAGUCACUUUGGGGAGGACACAUGGGGCCAAAAAAGACUAAGACUCGUAUAAAGUAUAGUUUCUUCUGGCCUGGAAUGGAAAAGGAAGUGUCGGAGUACUGUCAGUCGUGCCAUAACUGUCAGAUUCGAUCAGACCGACGUCGCAGUGACAAAGUACCGAUUACCCCGCUCACAAGGCCUGAACAACCCUUUCAGGUAGUUAAUGUGGACAUUAUAGGGCCCAUUGAAACGUCGUCGGCGAGAGGGCACAAGUACGCGCUUUGCUUAGUGGAUUUAUGCACAAGGUGGCCAGAGGUCGUCUGCCUUCGCUCGUUGACUGCAAAGGCAACGUGCGACGCAUUGCUCGAAAUGUUCAGUCGCACGGGUGUACCAGAGAUGAUUUGCUCCGACCAGAGGACUAACUCCAAGUCGCAACUCACACAACUGAUGCUGGAGAGGCUGGGCUGCUCCCCUAGAUUUUCGACCCCGGAACAUCCCGAGAGUAACGGGGCGGUGGAAAGAUAG